AUGUUGGCAAAGAUUUUUACCACCGUCAAAUACACUUUGGUGUCAGUGAAUUUCCUUUUCCUGAUAACCGGUAUUAUCGUUUUGGCGGUCGGUAGCUCGGUUCAGUCGGCGUACAAUGGAUACCACCACUUCUUGUCAGAGAGAUUCUUCUCCCUUCCCGCGUUUUGUGUCGCGACGGGAAUAAUUAUAUUCCUGAUUGCCUUCGCCGGGUUCUAUGGAGCCUUCAUGGAAAAUUAUUUUAUGAUAAUGGCGUUUGUUGGUGCCAUGGUAUUGAUGUUCAUUUUCCAACUGUCCGCCUGCAUUGCUGGUUAUGUCCUCAAAGGGAGUACCGUUGCCCUGGUGCAGCAGCAACUGUUGAAUACAAUGGACUUAUAUGGGCCCAACUUGGAAGUUACUAAGCUGUGGGAUGAAGUACAAAAUGACUUCACAUGCUGUGGUGUAUUGAACUCGAGUGAUUGGCUACCUCAUCUCAACACGCAAGAGACAUUCGGAGUUCCUAUCAGCUGCUGUGAUCACACCUAUGGCGCUAUCCAGACCUUCACGUGCAAUACCACAGUUGCUUACUCAACUGGAUGUUCAGAGGCUUUCGGAAACUGGGUUAAGUCACAUGCAGGUUCUAUCGGGAUAGCUGGGAUCGUUCUCGUCUUGAUGCAGACUAUAGCUGUUGCCGGGGCGUUAUGGUUGGCGAACAUUACGCGACAAGAACGACAAUUUCCUUAA